AUGAAGGUAUCGGUGCGGUGGACUGUGAGGCAAAGCGACACCCAGGUGUUGAGUCUUGAGGCCCUGCCGGAUGACGUCAUCACCGACAAGUUGAGACUCUCCCUGCAGCCGAAAACCUUACCUCUCGGUCUCUUCAUGGUGCAGGUCACAGUGACCAUGGAAGUACCCGAGGUCGGACAUACCAGCAUCGGUGUGGCGCAGACGUGGCUGGAGGUGAUACCGUUCCCCAUUGUGGCGAGAGUUUCCGGCUUUGCCGCGAGAACCCGACCGCUAGGGCAUGUCUUUGUCCUUGCCGCGCUGUCUUACCACCCUGACUGUCGGGUCCCCAGCGACCAGCUAAGCUACAACUGGACUUGUGAAGCAGUCAGUUACCCGAACCCACCAGUUACCAGCCCUGGAAUAUCGUCUUGUGAGGCUCUUCUUGGAUUAGGGGCUUUUUCGGAUCCAGACGGAGGAGUCUUGCACUUCGACACCAGCACGAAGCCUGUCCCGCUGGAUUCUGUGGUCAAAGUACGACUGACCAUCGCCGCUGACGGGCACGACCCUGGUCAUACCUACAUCGACAUACACACUAACGGAGACCCAAGCCUCGGACAAUACAGACUAAUCAACCCAUCACGCAACAACCCUGGAGACUUCAUCGCCCACGAGAUGCUGCACCUCACCAUGGGACCAGGCGUGGAUUAUUCCGGCCCUAACCUGUGGAGUCUUGUGGAGGCCCCAGCGGACUUUCCUGGCCUCGACUGGAAUAACGACGUCUUGCUUGUUACUGAAGAUACCCUCAAAGUUCGUCCCAACGUUUUUACAGUCCCCGGAUAUUACACGGUCAGAGCUACCAACUACCUGAACCCCGCCUAUCCACGGAUAGGAGAAUAUCGGUUUCUCGUCAUCAGGAAUCCGGUACCACUGAGGCUUCUCCAGGACAACCCCGCAGAAAUCCCACCAGACGUGUGCUCUGUCCGCCCUGCAGACGGAGUAUCAUUAGUGGACAAGUUCUGCAUCGUCUGCGAAGACUUUUAUGAUGAGGUUGGCCCGCUUAAAAUGGAUGUGAAGUACAAGGUCGAACCGGGAGGCAUUGAAGCGGCAACAGUGAAGUUUCCCGGGGAGAGCCGAGCUGCUCCCACUGACAUCGUUCUGAACGUGUUUUCUGGCUGGGUUUUCUACACACCCAUGUUGGACAUCGCCCCAGGUAACAUCACAGUAGAGGUGUUGAUAUCCAGCGCCGACGGACGUAGCACUACCAUUCAACUGGACCCGUUUUUUAUAGCAAACCCUGCCAUAGAAGAUUUGAUUGCGUACACGGAAGAGUUCUUCGACAGUCAAGUAGGACCUUUCUACAGUCUACUGUCCAUGAGGUCUUCUGCGGAAACGUUCAGUGGUGCAGUGGCGGCUGCUAGUGUAAUAGCUGCCCUGGGCGGCAAUGGAGACGACAUCACUGAGGCUACAGACAUGGUGGCUGCGAACAUGGCAAACGUAGAGCUUCAGGACUAUGACGGAGUUACAGGACUGGCAACCACCAUCAUGCUAGUCACCGCAUAUCCCGAGUUCGUCUCCGGUAAUGCACAAGUCCAUAGUUCCAUGUCUCUGAAGCACGCGUUCGGGAAGUUAAGAGACUUGUCUGUAAAUAACAGCCUACCCGUGGAGGAGGUGAACAUCGCGACGGCAUACAUCUUUACAGGCGCUACCCAUGUGUUCAAAGCCUCUGAGGUAAAGGCUUUGUCGGAGCAAGAGGAUGGGGUGGGCUUCUCCGACAUGCUGGAAAAGAACAAAGAGGCCACGACAACAACCUUCCAAGCCUUAGACGUGCUUGACGACAUCUAUCUGAUCAACAUGAUGCCCGCCUACGAUAACGAUGAUCUAUUUGCAGAUAUUUAUACAUCUAAGGUCCACUUGAGAAUUAAGCGAGAAGACCCCGCUGACUCCUCUGAGCAGCUGUACACAGUGGCGGGUGCGAGUGACUCGUUUGUCCGCGUGCCGUCCUUCUCAUCGCUGGCUGGAGACGGUUGUCUGGGAGGAGAGACGGCUGGAGUACAGUUUCUGGAGUCAAAUUUCAACCCGUUCGAAUAUUCAAACAAUUCGCGGUUAGUCGCAUCAGAUGUAGUCGGCCUGGCGGUGAAAUGUGGUAACUUGACACUUCCUGUCUCUGGCCUGAGCGAGCCGAUAGACAUCCUGACGCGAAGGGAGAACAAAAGCCUGGAGGAGUUGAUGUAUAUCUUUACUUCAUCUUCAAGGCUUGGUGACAUAUCGACUUUUCAUUUUUAUGCUAGGACAAAUAUGUCGGCGAUGAGCUUCAGCCUGGAUUUCAACAGCUCCCUCUUCCCCCAUGACGUCACCCUGUGGCUGAACAAACACGAGCCACCAACACCAGACACGUACGACUGGACAGCCACCCUGCCGGUUCCGGAGGAACAGCUCUUCACAGUCCCGUGGAUGAACGGAUCAUCCCUGGCAUCCAGCGCUUACCAGUGGCUGCUGCCAGAAGACGAGAUUGACAUCACAGACCUCGAUGUAGACGUAUACAACAGGACAGAUUAUUUUAUCGGAGUCCGGUUCGGGUCUGAAGUUGAUCGUGCCAGCGGAGAAAUCGUCCCCUUCACUCUGUACGCCUUUGAGACGUCCUGUGUCUACUUUCAAGAAGACGUAACCCACCUGUGGCAAAGUGACGGCUGUAGGGUCGGUCCGAUGUCUAACAUAACCCACAUCCACUGCCAGUGUGAUCACCUGACCAAGUUUGCUGGUUUCGUGCCGCCGAAUCCACUCAACAUCCGGGAGGCCUUCUCAGCAAACAUCUUGGAGAAUCCGACUGGCCUCAUUCUGGUUCUCGCCGUGUUCACUUCUUACGUCAUGGGCGUUAUCUGGGCCAGGAAAGCCGACAGAAAAGACAUCGCUAAGGCUGGAGUGGGACUACUGCCUGGUCACAAGCUGAACCCUCGUAAGGACUGUCAGUACCUCAUCACGGUGUACACUGGGUUCCGGGUCAACGCAGGAACUACCGCUGAGAUCACGCUGGUGCUCUACGGCAGCCAGCACGAGAGCCCUCCCCUUACGCUGAGGGACGACAGCCGAUGUUUGUUCGAACAGGGCAGCGUGGACUCCUUCCUGGUGUCCACGGAAGAGCCGCUAGGGGUCCUCACCCACACGAGGGUGUGGCACAACAACGCUGGGUUUAGUCCAUCAUGGUACCUGAGUCAGAUUGUUGUAGCCAACAGGGAAACGAAAGUCACGACGUAUUUCCUAAGUAACAGGUGGUUCGCUAUUGAUGAGGGUGACGGAAAGAUCGAUCGUAUCAUCCCGACAUCAGUGGAGAAGGAUAUUACUAAGUUCCACAACUUGUUCCUUGCAAAAAGCUCGAGGGACAUGAACGAUGGCCACCUGUGGUUCUCCGUUGCCGGCCGCCCUGCCCGGAGCCCGUUCACCCGUGUCCAGCGCCUGUCCUGCUGCCUGACGCUGCUCUACAGCACCAUGCUCACCAACAUCAUGUUCUUCGGCCGCGGGGACGACUUCGACCCUCCCGAGCCGCUCAGAUUCGCUGGUCUAAAGAUAAACCCGCCGAUUUCACUUCCGCAGCUGAUGAUCGGCAUACAGAGUGCAGCCAUCAUCCUUCCAGUCAACCUCCUCAUCGCCUUCCUCUUCCGCAAUUCGCGGUCGGGAGCACAAAAAAAGAGCACCAGAAAGAAGUUAAAGCCAGGCAGCGGAGUCCAGCCAGCCAAGUCGGAGCCAGGCAGACACAGGGGACCUAAGAAGGAAGAAACGUUUAUCUCUGACAACCCAGACACGCCGUCAGUUUGGUACCCAAGAGGCCGACCCGUCCCCAUCCAGAAGCUCAGAGUGGUACAGUCCUCAUUGGAUGUUGAUGUAAAAGAAAGUUGCAAGACGCAUGACAACGCUGCUCAUGGACAGAAGUGGUCUCUACCCUGGUGGGGUGUGUUUAUAGGAUGGUUGCUUGUGUGGUCCGCUAGUUUCGUAGCGGCCUUCUUCACAGUUCUGUACACCUUGAGUUUCGGGAAAGCGAAGGCGGAGGCCUGGGCUUGCACCUUCGUGACGUCAUUCGUCACUGACCUGUUCCUGGUGCAGCCCGUCAAGCUGGUUCUGGUGGCGGUAAUCUUUGCGUUAUACACCAAGAAACCUGUGGAGGAUAAGGAUCCACCUCCCACGCCAACAGGAAAUGAUGAGGAAUACGUCAUAUACAAUGAGAAUGACUCACCUACAAAGGAAAAGUCAGGAACCAGUGCCACCAGCUGGAUGCGAUACUUUGCCAUCAACCGUGCAGCUGACUAUGGCACCAACCCAAAGUUUCCAGCUGAGGAAAGGUCCACAUCACCACCAGAUGAAGACGUCUUGGCCGAAGCCAGAGCCAGGAGCGCAGAGAAACGCAAACGCCGUGCGGCUGUGCUGGAGGUGCUCGUGUUCGGGCUGUUCGUGACGGUGAUCAUGCUCACGGCGUACCAAGAACGGAGCCCGCUGGCCUUCUACAUGACGCAGAACGUCAAGGAACAGAUCAUGGGAGAAGGGUUCUCUGAUGUCAACGACAUCGAAUCCUUCUGGAGUUGGGUUGAAGAUGAGCUGAUUCCGACCACACGUUCAGCAGAGUGGUACAACGGGCGCACCCUGGCGGCAGACACGGUACUGCAGGACAUGUUAACUCAUCCACUGGACUCGGUACAGCUGAGGCAGCUGCGGCUGAAACAGGGGCAACUCUGUGAAACACCAAAGAGACUGCAGCAUAUAACACCAUUAUGCACCGUGGGCUUCUCUAAACUAACGGAAGAUAUUGACGAUUACACCCAGGGCUGGAUUCGUGAAAACGAGACCUUCGACACUACAGACCCGGUACUAUGCACGCCCACAUCCCCCACCCCUACCAGUACAGUGGACACGCCGGUCACAGGAGCGGACUGUGUGAGCAGUCUACUGACAGCAGAGGAAUUGAAAACGCCCUGGAAGUACAAUCAUGAUGCUUCUCUUAUUAACAGCUUCCCAUAUUUCGGCCAGCACGGCACAUAUCACGCAGGUGGUUACAACGUUCCGCUGGGAAAGACUCGUGCGUCGGGUCUCCGGGUGGCGACAUUCCUACAGCAGCGCGGCUGGCUGGAUGAGAGAACGCGUGCCGUGAUCGUGGAGCUGAUUCUGUACAACCCACACGCCAACCUGUUCUCCAUGGUGACGCUAGUGGUGGAGUUUACCAACCUGGGAGCUGCCUACAGGGGAGCAGAGGUGGUAACCUUGAGGCUGAUGCAACAAGAGGCCAUCUUACUCCUGGCUUUGCGAGCUGUCUUGGCAGUCUUCAUUCUUGUAUUUGUUAUUAAAGAAGCCGAGAGGCUUUUCUCCCGUCCGAUGGAAUACCUGAAGGAUUUCUGGACCUGGGUGGAACUUCUUGUAAUCGUCAUCGGCGUCGCGACCCUUGGUGUCUACUUCAACGCUCAGAGCAUCAUCGACAGAGCUGCCGAACAGUGGGUAUCUUCAGGCUCCGUUCUGGAUCUCUACAAAAGCGCCGUCAACUGGUUUCAGGUUUACACCUACCUGCUCGCGUUUCUCAUCUGUUGUGGCACGUUGAAGUUUAUACGGCUCCUGCGGUUCAACUCACACGUUUACGCCCUCACCAUGACCAUCAGAAAGUCCUCCAGACCCGUUCUACUAUUUACCAUCAUCGCUGGCAUCAUUCUCAUGGCCUUCACUCAGAUGGGAAAUCUUCUGUUCGGCAUCAAACUCCAGGAUUACAAGAACAUCCUGACCAGUCUGACCAGCCUGUGUACCAUGAUGUUGGGUGUUUUUGAUUUCGAUGCUCUGGUGGAUGGUCACUGGGUUCUCGGUCCUUUGAUGUUCUUCUCCUACCAGGUCAUGAUGCAGUUCAUAUUACUGAGCAUGUUCAUGGCUAUCCUCAUGGAUGUGUACGCAGAGGAAAGUCAGGAUCCGAACACUGAUGAUUUAAAGAUGGUAGCUUUUAUCAGAGAAACCACUUCAGAGGCUGUUGGAAAAGCAAAUCGUUCCCUGUCAACAGUAGGGAAGAACAACAGCAAGAAAACACGGCAGGCUUAUAGACCCGAUUUGGACCAUCGCCGAAAGUUUGCGACUGUACUUAAAGAACUUGACGAGGUUUCUAAAAUUUGAGAUGCCCAGAUUAAAGCACGAAUUUUAUCAGUUGCACCACCCUUAUACGGACGGUACUUUGCUGAAAUAUGAAACCUGUUCUUAUGUUCAGUCGUUUUUUUUUUCGUCACUCGUAGCUAACGAUUGAUUGUAGCUAUGUCAAUCAAAAAACUUGUUCAACUGCAUAUGACGUAGCCUGGACAAAGUUCAGUCAUUGCCUGAGGGGUCAAGAACUUUGACUCUAGGCAAAAGAACAUUUCAGCACAUUUUGAGAGACUAUGCCAUAGAAAGGAGGACAGUAACUGAGUCUACAUCAUAAUCGACUUCACAGAGACAGAAGUUGUCAUCUGUUCUUGAAUAUGCAUGGAUGUGUGGGACGAUGCUGUAAUAUCUCUUAUUUGGACCACCGUAGUUGU